AUGGGUCCCCUGUGGAGCUGGUGGACGCUCUGGGCUGGAGCAACCCUCCUGUGGGGAUUGACCCAGGAGGCCUCAGUGCACUCCAAGAACACUGGCAGGGAGGAAUUCCUCACCGCCUUCCUGCAGAACUAUCAGCUUGGCUACAGCAGGGCCUACCCCAGCCUCCUUAUCUCCAGUCUGUCAGAGAGCCCCGCCUCGGUCGUCAUCCUCAGCCAUGCAGAUAAUACCUCACAGCAGGUCACAGUGAGGCCCAGGGAGUCAGUCAUGGUCAACAUCAGUGCCAAGGCUGAGAUGAUGGGCAGCAAGACCUUCCAGCAUGCGGUGGUGGUCCACUCUGACCAUGCCAUCUCUGUGCAGGCACUAAACACCAAGCCCGACACAGCGGAGCUGACACUGCUGCGGCCCACCCCGGCCCUGGGCACUGAGUACUUUGUGCUCACGCCCCCCGGCACCUCAGCCAGGAAUGUCAAGGAGUUUGCGGUGGUGGCCGGUGCUGCAGGUGCCUCGGUCAGUGUCAAGUUGAAGGGGUCAGUGACAUUCAACGGCAAGUUCUACCCAGCAGGCGGUGUCCUAAGUGUGACUCUCCAGCCCUACAAUGUGGCCCAGCUCCAGAGCACAGUGGAUCUCUCGGGGUCAAAGGUCACAGCCAGUAGCCCUGUGGCCGUCCUCUCUGGCCACAGCUGUGCCCAGAAACACACGAGCUGCAACCAUGUAGUGGAGCAGCUGCUACCCACAUCGGCCUGGGGCACCCACUAUGUAGUACCCACUCUGGCCUCCCAAUCCCGCUACGAUUUGGCCUAUGUUGUGGCUAGCCAGGCCACAAAGCUGACCUACAACCAUGGGGGUACCGCUGGCUCCCGUGGGCUCCAGGAGGGCGAUGUGGUAGAGUUUGAGGUCCGGCCAUCCCGGCCACUCUACCUGUCUGCAGAUGUGGGCAUUCAGGUCCUGCUGUUUGGCACAGGUGCCAUAAGGAAUGAAGUGACCUAUGACCCCUUCCUGGUCCUGAUCCCCAGUGUGGCAGCCUACUGCCCUGCCAAUGUGGUCAAGAGUGUGCCAGGCAUUGAGGUCGUGGCCCUGGUGGUGGCACAGACAAAGGCUACCAGCGAGCUGACCAUAGAUGGGCAGGCAAUGGGGGCCAACCUCGCCUGGGCAGCUGUGCCAGGCAGCGAGUUCUCGUACGCUGAAGUGGAGCUUGGCACGGCCGACGUGGUCCACGUGGCCCAGGCCACCACCAACUUCGGGAUGCUCACCUUCGGGCUGACCAAGGCUGUGGGCUAUGCGACAGCAGCUGACUGCAGCCAGACUGUGCUGGCCCUAGUGGAGCCCUCCUGCGAAGGUGUCAAGUGCCCAGCCGGGCAGCGCUGCAAGGUGGUGGAUGGGAAGGCCAAGUGCGUGGCGGAGUCCCCCGCUGUCUGCCGCGCCCAGGGUGACCCCCAUUACACCACCUUUGAUGGCCGUCGCUACGACAUGAUGGGCACCUGUUCGUACACGAUGGCGGAGUUGUGCAGCGAGGAUGACACCCUGCCCGCCUUCAGCGUGGAGGCCAAGAACGAGCACCGGGGCAGCCGCCGCGUCUCCUACGUGGGCCUGGUCACCGUGCGUGCCUACAGCCACUCCGUGUCGCUGACCCGCGGGGAAGUUGGCUUUGUCCUGAUUGACAGCCAGCGCUCGCGCCUGCCAGUCUCCCUGAGUGAGGGUCGCUUGCGUGUGUACCAGAGCGGGCCACGGGCCGUGGUGGAGCUGGUCUUCGGGCUGGUGGUCACUUAUGACUGGGACUGCCAGCUGGCACUCAGCCUGCCCACACGCUUCCAAGACCAGGUGUGCGGGCUGUGUGGCAACUAUAAUGGUGACCCAGCGGACGACUUCUUCAUGCCUGACGGGGAUCAGGCUGCUGACCCCGUGGAGUUUGCAAGUAGCUGGAAGCUGGAUGAUGGGGACUACCUGUGUGAGGAUGGCUGCCAGAACAACUGUCCCACCUGCACCCCAGGCCAGGCCCAGCACUAUGAGGGUGACCGACUCUGCGGCAUGCUGACCAAACUUGACGGCCCCUUCGCUGUCUGCCAUGACACCCUGGACCCCAGACCCUUCCUGGAGCAGUGUGUAUACGACCUGUGCGUGAUUGGUGGGGAUCGGCCCAGCCUGUGCCGUGGCCUCAGCGCCUAUGCCCAGGCCUGUCUGGAGCUUGGCAUCUCGGUUGGGGACUGGAGGCCACCAGCCAACUGCCCCUUGACCUGCCCCGCCAACAGCCGCUACGAGCUCUGCGGCCCCGCCUGCCCGGCCUCCUGCAACGGGGCUGCGGCGCCGUCCAACUGCUCCGGGCGCCCGUGCGUGGAGGGCUGCGUGUGCCUCCCGGGCUUCGUGGCCAGCGGCGGCGCCUGCGUGCCGGCCUCGUCGUGCGGCUGCACCUUCCAGGGCCUCCUGCUCGCUCCGGGCCAGGAGGUGUGGGCGGACGAGCUGUGCCAAAGGCGCUGCACCUGCAGCGGCACCACCACCCAGCAGGUGACCUGCCGCGACACGAAGGGCUGCCCGGCGGGCGAGCGCUGCAGCGUCCAGAACGGCCUCCUGGGCUGCUACCCCGACCGCUUCGGGACCUGCCAGGGGUCCGGGGAUCCGCACUACGUGAGCUUCGACGGCCGGCGCUUCGACUUUAUGGGCACCUGCACGUACCUGCUGGUCGGCUCGUGCGGCCAGAACGCGGCGCUGCCUGCCUUCCGGGUGCUGGUGGAGAACGAGCAUCGGGGCAGCCAGACCGUGAGCUACACGCGCGCCGUGCGGGUGGAGGCCCGCGGGGUGAAGGUGGCGGUGCGCCGGGAGUACCCGGGGCAAGUGCUGGUGGAUGGCGUCCUUCAGUACCUGCCCUUCCAAGCAGCAGAUGGGCAGGUGCAGGUGUUCCGCCAGGGUCGUGACGCCGUCGUGCGCACCGACUUUGGCCUGACCGUCACCUACAACUGGGAUGCACGAGUGACUGUCAAGGUGCCCAGCAGCUAUGCUGAGGCCCUGUGUGGACUCUGCGGAAACUUCAACGGGGACCCAGCUGAUGACCUGGCUCUGCGGGGUGGGGGCCAAGCUGCCAAUGCACUGGCCUUUGGGAACAGCUGGCAAGAAGAAACGAGGCCCGGCUGUGGAGCAACUGAACCAGGUGACUGUCCCAAGCUGGACUCCCUGGUGACCCAGCAGCUGCAGAGCAAGAAAGAGUGUGGAAUCCUUGCUGACCCCGAGGGGCCCUUCCGGGAGUGCCACAGCAAGCUGGACCCCCAGGGUGCCGUGCGCAACUGUGUCUAUGACCGCUGCCUGCUGCCAGGCCAGUCUGGGCCACUGUGUGAUGCGCUGGCCACCUACACUGCUGCCUGCCAGGCUGCUGGAGCCACAGUGCACCCCUGGAGGAGUGAGGAACUUUGCCCACUGAGCUGCCCAGCCCACAGCCACUAUGAGGUGUGUUCCUACGGCUGCCCGCUGUCCUGUGGAGACCUCCCAGUGCCCGGGGGCUGUGGUUCCGAAUGCCAUGAGGGCUGUGUGUGCGAUGAGGGCUUUGCACUCAGUGGUGAGUCCUGUGUGCCCCUGGCCUCCUGUGGCUGCAUCCACCAGGGCACCUACCACCCACCAGGCCAGACCUUCUACCCGGGCCCCGGCUGUGAUUCCCUUUGCCACUGCCAGGAGGGCGGCCUGGUGUCCUGUGAGCCCUCUACCUGUGGCCCACAUGAGGCCUGCCAGCUGUCUGGUGGCAGCUUGGGCUGUGUGGCCGUGGGCUCUGCCACCUGCCAGGCGUCGGGAGACCCCCACUACACCACCUUCGACGGCCGCCGCUUCGACUUCAUGGGCACCUGCGUGUAUGUGCUGGCUCAGACCUGCGGCACCACCCGGCCUGGGCUGCACUCGUUUGCCGUCCUGCAGGAGAACGUGGCCUGGGGUAAUGGGCAAGUCAGUGUGACCCGGGUGAUCACGGUCCAGGUGGCAAACUUCACCCUGCGGCUGGAGCAGAGACAGUGGAAGGUCACGGUGAACGGCGUGGACAUGAAGCUGCCCGUGGUGCUGGCCAAUGGCCAGAUCCGUGUCUACAAGCAUGGUUCCAACGCUGUGAUUGAGACACACUUCGGCCUGCGUGUGGUCUACGACCUUGUGUACUAUGUGCGGGUCACCGUCCCCGGAAACUACUACCAGCAGAUGUGCGGCCUGUGCGGGGACUACAACGGCGACCCCAAGGAUGACUUGAGGAAGCCCGAUGGCUCGCAGGCAGGCAACGCCAAGGAGUUCGGCAACUCCUGGGAGGAGGCCGUGCCUGGUUCUCCCUGCCUGCCGCCGCCCACCUGCCAGCCGGGGAGUGAGGGCUGCAACCCUGACAGCCAGUGUCCUCCCGAGCUGGAGGACAAGUAUCAGAAGAAGGAGUUCUGUGGGCUCCUCACCAGCCCCACAGGGCCGCUGGCCUCCUGCCACAAGCUGGUGGAUCCCCAGGGUCCCUUGCAAGACUGUGUCUUUGAUCUGUGCCUGGGUGGUGGGAACCUGAGCAUUCUCUGCGACAACAUCCAUGCCUAUGUGAGUGCUUGCCAGGCAGCUGGAGGCCACGUGGAGCCCUGGAGGACCGAAACUUUCUGUCCCAUGAAGUGCCCCUCGAACAGUCACUACGAGCUCUGCGCGGACACCUGCUCCCUGGGCUGCUCCGCAAUCAGCGCCCCUCUGCAGUGUCCGGAUGGAUGUGCCGAGGGCUGUCAGUGCGACUCCGGCUUCCUCUACAACGGCCAAGCCUGUGUGCCCAUCGGGCAAUGUGGCUGCUACCACAAUGGUGUCUACUACGAGCCGGAGCAGAGGGUCCUCAUUGACAACUGUCGGCAGCAGUGCACCUGCCACGCGGGUAAAGGCAUGGUGUGCCAGGAACACAGCUGCAAGCCGGGCCAGGUGUGCCAGCCCUCCGGAGGCGUCCUGAGCUGUGUCACCAAAGACCCGUGCCACGGUGUGACAUGCCGGCCAGAGGAGACAUGCAAGGAGCAGGGCGGCCAGGGCGUGUGCGUGCCCAACUACGAGGCCACGUGCUGGCUGUGGGGCGACCCACACUACCACUCCUUCGACGGCCGCAAGUUCGACUUCCAGGGCACCUGCAGCUACGUGCUGGUGGCAGCUGGCUGCCCGGGGGUCAGCACCCAGGGCCUGACACCCUUCAUCGUCACCACCAAGAAUGAGAACCGGGGCAACCCUGCCGUGUCCUAUGUGAGACUCGUCACUGUGGCUGCGCUCGGCCACAACGUCUCUAUCCACAAGGACGAGAUCGGCAAAGUCCGGGUGAACGGUGUGCUGACAGCCUUGCCUGUCUCUGUGGCUGACGGGCGCAUUUCAGUGACCCACGGUGCAUCCAAGGCAUUGCUGGUGGCCGACUUUGGGCUGCAAGUCAGCUAUGACUGGAACUGGCGGGUAGAUGUGACGCUGCCCAGCAGCUAUCAUGGCGCGGUGUGCGGGCUCUGCGGUAACAUGGACCGCAACCCCAACAACGACCAGGUCUUCCCCAAUGGCACCCUGGCUCCCUCCAUACCCGUCUGGGGCGGCAGCUGGCGAGCCCCAGGCUGGGACCCACUGUGUUGGGACGAAUGUCAGGGGUCCUGCCCAACGUGCCCCCAGGACAAGCUGGAGCAGUACGAGGGCCCUGGCUUCUGUGGACCCCUGGCCCCUGGCACAGGGGGCCCCUUCACCACCUGCCACGCUCAUGUGCCACCUGAGAGCUUCUUCAAGGGCUGCGUUCUGGACGUCUGCAUGGGCGGCGGGGCCCACGACAUUCUCUGCCAGGCGCUGGCUUCCUAUGCGGCCGCCUGCCAGGCCGCUGGGAUUGUCAUUGAAGACUGGCGGGCACAGGUUGGCUGUGCGAUCACCUGCCCAGAAAACAGCCACUACGAGUUCUGUGGCCCACCCUGCCCGGCCAGCUGCCCGUCCCCUGCGCCCCCCACCACCCCAGCCGUAUGCCAGGGCCCCUGUGUGGAGGGCUGCCAGUGCAACGCAGGGUUCGUGCUAAGUGCUGACCGCUGUGUUCCCCUCAGCAACGGCUGCGGCUGCUGGGCCAACGGCACCUACCACGAGGCGGGCACUGAGUUUUGGGCUGACGGCACGUGCUCCCAGAGGUGCCGCUGUGGGCCUGGGGGCGGCUCACUGGUCUGCACGCCCGCCAGCUGCGGGCUGGGCGAAGCGUGUGCCCUCCUGCCAUCCGGCCAGUACGGCUGCCAGCCUGUCAGCACAGCUGAGUGCCAGGCCUGGGGUGACCCCCAUUACGUCACUCUGGAUGGGCACCGAUUCGAUUUCCAAGGCACGUGCGAGUACCUGCUGAGCGCACCCUGCCACGCACUACCCACGGGGGCUGAGAACUUCACUGUCACUGUAGCCAACGAGCACCGGGGCAGCCAGGCUGUCAGCUACACCCGCAGCGUCACCCUGCACAUCUACAACCACAGCCUGACACUGAGUGCCCGCUGGCCCCGGCAGCUACAGGUGGACGGCGAGUUCGUGGCGCUGCCCUUCCAGCUGGACUCGCUCCUGCAGGCACACCUGAGCGGCGCCGACGUGGUGGUGACCGCGACCUCAGGGCUCUCGCUGGCUUUCGACGGGAACAGCUUCGUGCGCCUGCGCGUGCCGGCGGCGUACGCGGGCUCCCUCUGUGGCCUGUGUGGGAACUACAACCAGAACCCCGCAGACGACCUGAAGGCGGUGGGCGGGAACCCGGCCGGGUGGCAGGUGGGCGGCGCCCCUGGCUGCGGGGAAUGUGUGUCAGGGCCUUGCCCACAGCCUUGCACGCCGGAGCAGCAGGAGGCCUUCGGCGGCACGGACGCCUGCGGCGUGAUCUCGGCCACCGACGGCCCACUGGCGCCCUGCCACGGCCUCGUGCCGCCCGCGCAAUACUUCCAGGGCUGCUUGCUGGACGCCUGCCAAGCUCAGGGCCAUCCUGGAGGCCUCUGUCCUGCAGUGGCCGCCUACGUGGCAGCCUGUCAGGCCGCUGGGGCCCAGCUCGACGAGUGGAGGCGGCCCGACUUCUGUCCCUUCCAGUGCCCUGCACACAGCCACUACGAGCUCUGUGGUGACUCCUGCCCCGUGAGCUGCCCGAGCCUCUCGGCACCCGAGGGCUGCGAGUCGGCCUGCCGUGAAGGCUGUGUCUGCGAUGCUGGCUUCGUGCUCAGCGGUGACAGCUGCGUACCCGUGGGCCAGUGUGGCUGCCUCCACGAUGGCCGCUACUACCCUCUAGGCCAGACCUUCUACCCCGGCCCUGAGUGUGAGCGGCGCUGUGAGUGUGGGCCACGUGGCCAUGUCACCUGCCAGGAGGGCUCAGCCUGCGGGCCCCAUGAGGAGUGCCGGUUAGAGGAUGGUGUCCAGGCCUGCCAUGCCACAGGCUGUGGCCGCUGCCUGGCCAGCGGGGGCAUCCACUACAUCACCCUCGAUGGCCGUGUUUAUGACCUGCAUGGCUCCUGCUCCUAUAUCUUGGCCCAAGUCUGCCGCCCGAAGCCUGGGGAUGAGGACUUUUCCAUCGUGCUUGAGAAGAAUGCGGCCGGAGACCCCCAACGCCUACUGGUUACUGUGGCCGGCCAGGUUGUGAGCCUAGCUCGGGGGCUGCAGGUCACCGUGGACGGCGAGGCUGUGGCUCUGCCUGUGGCUGUGGGCCGCGUGCGGGUGACCGCCGAGGGCCGAAACGUGGUUCUACAGACGACCAAGGGGCUGCGGCUUCUCUUUGAUGGCGAUGCCCACAUCCUCAUGUCCAUCCCCAGCCCCUUCCAUGGACGGCUCUGUGGCCUCUGUGGGAACUUCAAUGGCAACUGGAGUGACGACUUCGUCCUGCCCAGCGGCGCAGCAGCAUCCAGCGUGGAGACCUUCGGGGCUGCCUGGCGGGCACCUGGCUCCUCCCAGGGUUGUGGCGAGGGCUGCGGGCCCCAAGGCUGCCCUGUGUGCUUGGCAGAGGAGACUGCACCCUAUGAGGGCAACGAGGCCUGUGGGCAGCUGCGGGACCCCCAGGGCCCCUUUGCCACCUGCCAGGCCGUGCUGAGUCCGUCUGAGUACUUCCGCCAAUGUGUGUACGACCUGUGCGCCCAAAAGGGUGACAAAGCCUUCCUGUGCCGCAGCCUGGCAGCCUAUACGGCGGCCUGUCAGGCAGCCGGCGUGGCCGUGAAGCCCUGGAGGACAGACAGCUUCUGCCCGCUCCAGUGUCCCGCCCACAGCCACUACUCCGUCUGCACACGCACCUGCCAGGGCUCCUGUGCCGCUCUCUCCGGCCUCACGGGCUGCACCACCCGCUGCUUUGAGGGCUGUGAGUGUGACGACCGCUACCUGCUUUCCCAGGGUGUCUGCAUCCCUGUCCAAGAUUGUGGCUGUACCCAUAAUGGCCGAUACUUGCCGGUGAACUCCUCCCUGCUGACCUCAGACUGCAGUGAGCGCUGUUCCUGUUCCCCAAGCUCUGGCCUGACAUGCCAGGCAGCUGGCUGCCCACCAGGCCAUAUAUGUGAGGUCCAGGCUGAAGCCCGGGACUGCUGGGCUCCCCGUGGUCUCUGUUUCCUGUCUGUGGGUGCCAACCUCACCACCUUUGAUGGUGCCCAUGGUGCCAUCACCUCUUCUGGUGUCUAUGAGCUCUCUUCCCGCUGCCCAGGACUAGAGAAGACCAUCCCCUGGUACCGUGUGGUUGCUGAUGUCCAGACCUGCCAUGGUAAAGCUGAGGCUGUGGGCCAGGUCCACAUCUUCUUCCAGGAUGGGAUGGUGACAGUGACCCCAAACAAGGGUGUGUGGGUGAAUGGUCUCCGAGUGGAUCUCCCAGCCGAGAAGUUAGCAUCUGUGUCCGUGAGUCGUACACCUGAUGGCUCCCUGCUAGUCCGCCAGGAGGCAGGGGUCCAGGUGUGGCUAGGAGCCGAUGGGAAGCUGGCUGUGAUGGUCAGCAAUGACCAUGCUGGGAAACUGUGUGGGGCCUGUGGAAACUUUGACGGGGACCAGACCAACGAUGGGCAUAACUCACAGCAGAAGCCAGCGGUGGAGAAAUGGAGAGCGCAGGACUUCUCCCCAUGUUAUGACUGAUCAGUCAUCCACGGGGAAUGAAGACAUCCUGAAGAUGACCUGAUCCUCCUGGAGGUUGCAGUGUCUGAAGGAUGCAUCAUGUGCUCCUACCCUGCUCUACCCCUUUUCUGGGUUGCAGAGGCCAAAUGUGAGAGCAUUGAAUAAAUAUCUUAAGCUGAGCUGCA